UUUGGUCAGUCAUAUGCUACAAACAUUAACUUUUGGUAAGGUGAAAGUACGACCCUAUCUGAAAGAAAAUGUCUAGUAUAUCAGAUGUUCUACAGGAUAUGAAGCAGAAAGUGUGCAGCUGUAUAGAUAAAUGGUCAGAAAAGCUGCGCAUGCUCAGUGAGGAUAUCUGGAGCUGUCCUGAGCUCGCUUAUGAAGAACACAAGGCUCACGACAGACUGGUGGAGUUUUUCAGUCAGGACCCAGGCUGGAAGGUGGACUCUCAUUUCAAACUCCCCACUGCCUUCAGAGCCAAGUGGGCACCUGCAGCCAGCCAGCAUGGUCACGUGAUCAACGUGGGUUUCUUGUGCGAGUAUGACGCCCUGCCGGGGAUUGGACACGCGUGUGGACACAAUCUAAUCGCUGAGGUGGGAGCUGCUGCUGCUGUGGGGCUCAAACAUGUGCUGGAAAACACGGAGAGCCUUCCGGUACCCGUCCAGGUGACGGUCCUGGGGACCCCUGCUGAGGAGGGUGGUGGAGGUAAAAUUGACUUGAUAAAAGAGGGAGCAUUUGAGGGUAUGGAUGUAGUGUUUAUGGCCCACCCGUCAAAGGAGGAUGCUGUCUACCUGCCCUGUGUGGCUAUACAUGAUGUGAUUAUAAAGUACCAUGGGAAGGCGUCUCAUGCCUCGGCCUACCCCUGGGAAGGAGUGAACGCGUUGGAUGCAGCGGUGCUGUGCUACAACAAUCUGUCAGUGCUCAGACAGCAGAUGAAGCCGGACUGGAGAGUUCACGGUAUUAUUAAACAUGGAGGAGAGAAACCAAACAUCAUCCCUGCCUUCACCCAGCUCGAGUACUAUCUGAGAACGCCGUCACGAAGUGAGCUGCCGGUCCUGAAGGAGAAAGCUGUGAGAUGUUUCAGAUCAGCUGCUGAUGCCACUGGAUGUCAGGUUGAAGUGGAGUUUUCCAAAAAUCAGUUUGACAACAUGCUGCGUUUCUCUACGCUGGAGGAGCUGUUUGAGAGGAACGGCAGAGCUCUGGGGAUGGACUUCACCACUGAUGAAGCUGUUCUCGAGGAAUCAGGCUCCACAGACUUUGGCAACGUGACAUUUGUAGUUCCUGGUAUCCAUCCGUACUUCUAUAUUGGCUCUAACGCUCUGAACCACACGGAAGAGUACACUGUAGCUGCAGGUGAUGCCAGAGCUCAGUUCUUCACCCUGAGGGUGGCCAAGGCUCUGGCUAUGACAGCUCUAGAUGUGCUGCUGCAUCCUGAGCUGCUGCAGAGGGUGAAAGAAGAGUUCACUGAGGCCAUAAUGAAAGAGGAGAGAUGAUGGGGGAGGAGGAGUAGAGGCUGAUGACCAUAUACUUUUAACAUGGAUUUGACUUUUGAUGUCUCUGAAUGAAAUCGGUAUUAAAAAAAAUAAAAGAUACAUUUAUCUGCA